AUGGAGUCUCAUCGGAAAAGACUGCUUGCGACAACGGUCGAUGAGCGUGCUGAAAGCAGUACCAAUCAGGUAUUUGCAGUUAUUCCACGGGGAUCGGAAAUAAGUGAUGGAUUCAAAAACUUUUCAUUCAAAGACCUGGCAUGGGCCGUGAACUUCACCUGUUGGUGGAUUGAAAGCAACAUUGGACCGGCUCAAGAUCCAGAGACAUUGGCCUAUAUGGGGAGAAACGAUGUGCGCUACUUCAUCUUUAUGCUUGCAUGCCAAAAGACUGGAUACCAAGUUUUCUUGCCUUCCACCAGGAAUUCAGACGAAGCCCAUGUGCAUCUACUGAAAGUGACAAACUGCACCAAGUUCUUCUUCAGCGAGGAGCGCCAGGCACGAGCCUUGGAAAUCCAGGGGCUUGUUUCGACAUUGGAUAUCUUUGAAGUCCCGACUCUGGAGAAUAUACUCAGUGAUGAAAGGGGUCUGCGCCACUAUCCGAAUACCAAGUCUUAUGCGGAGGCAGAGAAUAACGUAGCGUGCAUCAUCCAUAGCUCUGGGACGACAGCCAUGCCAAAGCCGGUAUAUCUCACUCACGGCUUCUUCAUGACCGUCGAAUUUCAUCGUUAUCUCCCAAGGCCGGUAGGCCGUCGGCUAUGUAUGUACUAUGAGCUGGAUCACGGCGACCUGGUGCUGGCCACGACGCCUAUCUUUCAUCUAAUGGGACUGGCACCACUCUUAAUCUCAGUGUGGUUCGGAUUUCCCACCCUCAUUAGGCCAGACAAGCCACUCUCCGUCGAACAUAUGAUAGAGCUAAUGCGCACUGCCCAUCCCACAACCGCAAUCUGUCCACCCUCGAUCCUGGAAGACAUGAGCCACUCCGACAAAGCACUGGCUUGUUUGAAGGAAUUCAAGGCAAUGUACUUUGGUGGUGCUCCGAUUUCUUUCGAGGCCGGAGAGCGAAUACGCAAGUAUACGGAGCUGAUAAUGAUGAUGGGAAGUAGUGAGGCCGGCAUAAUUCCAGCGUUGGUGCCGGAGGAUCCAGCCGACUGGAACUACAUCGAAUGGAACGAAGCUCACGGCGUGGAAAUGCAAGAAGCUGGCGAAGGCUUAUUCGAGAUGGUGAUUCCUCGGCGGGGAAAUGCUCGCGACCUCAAGAGUAUUUUCCACACAUUCCCCGACAUUGAUUCUUAUCCAACCAACGAUCUUUAUACACGGCACCCGACACAUCCGCGACUGUGGAAAUUCCAUGGGCGUAAGGAUGAUGUGAUUGUGCUAAGCAACGGAGAGAAGUUCAAUCCUGUUGGGAUGGAGACUAUCAUUGAAGGACACCCGCUGGUUGGACACGCGGUGGUAGUUGGCCAGUCUAGAUUCCAGGCUGGGCUUCUCAUCGAGCCCGGUCAUAGAGGACAGGAUAUGGACGAGAAGGUGAUGGUUGAUAAUAUCUGGCCGACAGUGCAAGUGGCUAAUGAGAGCAUUGCAAGUCAUGGGUGGGUGAUGAAGAACAAAAUCAGGUUCGCAGUGAAGACGAAGCCAUUCAAGACGACCCCUAAAGGGAGCGUGCGGCGCCAAGCUGUGAUUCAAGACUACGAGAAAGAGAUUGAUGCAUUGUAUGCCGAAGACCUUGAGAAUGACUUGGACCAGUGCUUGCCAGAGACAUUGGACCGAGAGAGUGUUACAGGGUAUAUUCACCAGAUCAUUACCCAUGUCCUGGAGAAACCCAAGAUUGCAGAAACUCAGGACUUUUACUCUGCCGGUCUUGAUUCCCUGAUGACCAUUCAUGUCUCUCAGAUGCUGCAAAAGAGCAUCCAGUCACGCCGGCCGGAUGUGAAAGCAGGAACUAUCAAUGCCCAAACUAUCUACAAUAACCCAACAGUCGAUCGCUUGUCUAGAGUCCUGAUGGCUAUCUUAGAUGGGGGAGCCCAAGCUGAGAUCCCGCGAACAGAAAAGAUCCAGAGACUGGUGGAAAAGUAUACGUCCGAUCUUCCAGCGCGGGAAAUCUUCCUCGAGAAUGGAUUGCAUUCGCCUUCGACCGUGAUCCUGACCGGCUCCACUGGCUCACUGGGGACCUAUCUACUGCAUUCUCUGCUGAGCAGCGAUUCCAUCACUAAAGUCUACUGCCUCAAUCGUUCGGAUGGUGAAUCACGGCAGAAGAAAGGCUUCGAGGAGAAAGGACUGCAUCUCAACACAAACGACUGGAGGGACAAGGUCGAGUUCCUACAAGCCUCAUUCGGAGAGCCGCGAUUCGGCCUGAACGAGUCCAAGUACGAAGAACUUCUCGACUCAGUUGACACCAUCAUCCACAACGCCUGGAAGGUCGACUUCAACCAUUCGGUCGAUUCUUUCGAGGACACCCACAUCCAGGGUGUGCGACGCUUUAUCGACUUCAGCUUGAGCAGCCGCAGCAACGCUCAUGUUCACUUCAUCUCCUCAAUCGGCACGGUAGGCGCUUGGACCCCAGAAAUGGGAGCUUUGGUCCCAGAAGUACCGAUGGAGGACAUUUCAGUGGUCCUCCCACAAGGCUACGGCGAAUCCAAGUACGUUGCCGAGCGCAUCUGUCUCGAAGCCUCACAACGAUCCCAAGUCCCGACAUCGGUUCAUCGCGUCGGACAGAUCGCCGGACCGACCACCACGCGCGGACAAUGGAAUAAGCAGGAAUGGCUACCGACGAUCAUCGUGACGUCGAAAGCAAUGGGUAAAAUCCCUAACCGACUCGGCUCGACCGCGGUCGACUGGGUGCCAGUGGACACUCUAUCCAAUAUUAUAGUGGAGAUUGUCAACACACGUCAUAUGAGCUCAGCCGACGAGCGCUGGGCCGUGUUUCAUCUCACGAAUCCUGAACGAGCACCAUGGUCGUCCUUGGUGCCUGCUAUCCAGAGCCACUAUGCCGUCGAGCCAGUUCCGUUUUCCGCAUGGGUUGCUGAGCUGGAAAGCAUCACUAGCCCUAGUAGUGCGGAUAUUGCCUCGAAGCCCGCACUCAAGCUUCUGGAUUUCUACCGUGGGAUCCAAGACGAGGACAGUGCAUUGUCUGUGGCGCUGGAUGUCCGACGGGCGAGAGAGGCUAGUGUCAGCAUGAGAGCCCUCGGCCCGAUCUCUCCUUCGCUCAUGCGAAAUUGGAUACAGCAAUGGCAAUUUUGA